AUGGCUCAUUUGCUUUCUCCCGUUUACACUGAGGCUAUCAAAAUCCACAAUUCUCUGCUGAAUCUGAGUUCUCCAUCUUCAUGGCGGCUUCUCGCCAGGACUUCCAGUCAUUGCAAGCUUGGGAAUGAUUCUGCAAAGAGAAGAUGUUUUGGUAGGGUUAAGGUUGCCGCUGAGGACUCCACUUCUAGUACUCUCUCUGAUUCUAUUGCCGAUGACUAUUAUGCUGUUCUUGGCCUGCUUCCAGAUGCCACGCCGGAGCAGAUUAAGAAGGCUUACUACAACUGCAUGAAAGCUUGCCAUCCAGACUUGAGUGGCGAUGAUCCUGAGACGACGAACUUUUGCAUCUUCAUUAAUGAAGUGUAUGAGGUACUCAGUGAUCCUGUUCAACGCAUGGUUUACGAUGAAAUUCACGGGUAUUCUUUGACUUCAAUCAAUCCUUUCUUGGAUGAUUCUAGUCCAAAAGAUCAUGUUUUCGUUGACGAAUUCAGCUGCAUAGGUUGCAAAAAUUGCGCCAAUGUGGCCUCUGAUGUGUUUGCAAUAGAGGAAGACUAUGGAAGAGCCAGAGCAUAUAGCCAGUGUGGAAAAACUGAAUUAGUUCAGCAAGCAAUUGAAAGUUGCCCUGUUGACUGUAUUCAUUGGACAUCUGCGUCACAACUAUCACUACUUGAGGAUGAAAUGCGGCGGGUAGAAAGAGUCAACGUUGCUCUGAUGCUUUCAGGAAUGGGAUCAUCAAUUGAUGUUUUUAGAAUGGCAAGCUCCAGGUGGGAAAAGAGGCAGGGAAAAGUGUUGGAACAAGCAAAAAUGAGAAUGAUGAAGCAGAAAGGUUCUGGUAAGACAGAUUCUUACUGGGACAACCUUUGGGGCAAAACAAAAGACUACCAAAAUUCAGAGGAGGAAGUGAAAGAGAGAGAGAAGAGAGCUGCAGCAGCCGCACGAAGAUGGAGGGAGUACUCAAGGAGGGGCGUUGACAAGCCUCCGACAUUCAAACUUCCAGAGGCAGCCUCUGGCAAGGACAACUGACGAGUAUUUUUUCCUAUACCUGCUGUAUUACAUUUAGGCCCUUGUAAUUAAUUCAUCCAUAGGUUGUCAUUAAAUCUCAUGAACUCUAUUUCUCAUUCGCUAGCCCUAAUUGUGUAUGCAAGCAACUCUGAGGUAAAUAUUUGACUCUGCUGAGUGAUAAAUUAUAGUAAUACAGAAUUAAAAAAAAUGGAGAAUUUAGCUUAUGGCAA